AUGGACAUGCUGAAAAUGCUGUUGAAGGUGAUUUUCAUUGUGCACCUGUUAGCGUGCCUCACGUUUCUAGUGGCGACACCGCUCUGUCCAGAUUCCAGUAUGGGACCAUGUCGUCCACAUAGCGAUGACGAUGUCUGGACCAAUUGGGUGCGGAUGUUUCAGAUUGACGAGUUCAACCUUGAGACCAGAUAUUUGGCAACCUUUCAUUUCAUCACUGCCACUUUAAUGGCGGUGGGCUAUGGUGACAUCUUUCCCUCCAAUUCCUUGGAACGCAUCGUGUGCAUCGUCUCCCAAAUCACGGGCGCGGUGCUCUUUGGCUUUCUGCUGUCGUGCAUUACUGCGGUGUUGGAGUUUACCAAUCCCAUGGAAUUGGAACACAAGAAGCGCAUGGCUGAAAUCAAGGACUCGAAACUGGCUUCGGGGACGCAGCCUUCCCCAAAACUUGAAGAUACAGGUGGGGCGGAGACGAAUCUGCGGGAGCUGCCAAGGGAAUUCCAUCACUCGAUCAUUUGGAAGGCCAUGGAAAACCAACACAACCAGUCAAUGCUAGGUGCAAGAGAAGCUGCAGGCUUCAAAUCUUUACACCAAAUGCUGGCUAAAAGGAUGAUCUUCCAAUCGUCAAGCUCAACAGAGCUGAUCACUUGUGAUGAAAAUCUUUUUCGUCUUCUUUUCCCGGCUGAUUUGCAGCAUGGGUUUGGCCCAAUUCUGGAGAGAACAUGA